GUGUCAAAGUCAAGUCGGUAGUUUUCCAUCUGUCAUUUUACGAGAUUAUUUAUAGUUCUAUUUGGAACUUAAUAAUCGAUGGGUUCCUUUUACAAUUAUUUUAACUAUUAAAUUAUAGUAUUCUGUAUCAAUACAAAAUCACUUAGAGCAGUAACAAAAAAUUAAAACCGAAAUUGGACGAAAUAUUGAUAGUAAUACUCUUAAAUAUGGAUUUCUUACGUGCCGGUGUUCGAAGACAUACUUUUGCAAGAAUUCAGUGUAGGCAGUUGCAUUUGCUACAAAAUAAAGCAUAUGUUGAAGGCAAAUGGAUAAGUGCGGGAAGUGGAAACGUGUUUAAAGUGGAAAACCCCGCUGACGACAGCCUCAUUGCAAAGGUGCCUGAUAUGGGAGCGGCUGAUGCUAAAAAAGCUAUUGACGCAGCGGCUGAGGCCUUUAAGUCUUGGAAAAAUACCACGCCCAAGGAACGUUCGAAUAUUUUGAGGUGCUGGUAUGAAAUUGUGGAAGCCAAUUCCAAAGAUCUAGCAGCUAUUGUGACUGCUGAGUCUGGAAAACCACUAUCUGAAUCUUACGGUGAACUUGCUUACGGUAACUCUUUCUUGGACUGGUUUGCAGAUUGUGCACGUCAUGUCAAAGGAGAAAUGAUAUUGAGCCCUUGGCCCAACAAACAAAUAAUGGUUACACGACAGCCGGUUGGUGUAGUAUCAGUUAUUACUCCAUGGAACUUUCCUUUUGCUAUGAUAACAAGAAAAGUAGGCGCCCUGUUGGCUGCAGGCUGCACAUGUGUUGUCAAACCUUCUGAAGAUACACCUCUAACAGCCCUCGCCGCUAUUCAAUUGGCAGAACAAGCUGGUGUGCCUAAGGGAGUAAUUAAUGUUAUUACGAGUAGCAGAAAAAAUGUUGCAGAAGUUGGCAAAGUCUUGUGUGAAGACCCUCAUGUGAGAUUAAUCUCUUUUACGGGUUCUACUGUUGUUGGUAAAGUACUGUCUGCACAUGCUGCAAAAGGAGUCAAAAGAGUGGGUCUUGAAUUAGGAGGAAAUGCACCAUUUAUUGUUUUUCCUAGUGCUGACAUAGGGCGAGCAUUAGAUCAUGCAAUGCUUGCAAAAUUCAGGAAUAAUGGACAGGCAUGUGUUGGAGCGAAUAGGUUCCUUAUACAUGAAGAUGUUUAUGACCAAUUUGUCAAUGGUUUUAAGGAACAUAUACAGAAAAAAUGUAAACUAGGACCAGGUACACAUGAGGGAGUUACGUGUGGCCCACUUAUUAAUUUGGAGCAAGCAAAGAAGGUUUCUAGCUUUGUAGAAGAUGCUGUAAAUAAAGGUGCAAGAACAUUGGUUGGUGGCAGAUUUGCUACAGACCUUGGAAACAAGUUCUUUGAGUCCACAUUAAUAGAUAAUGUUAAACCUGGUAUGAAGGUAUAUCAUGAUGAAGUAUUUGGCCCUGUUGCAUCAGUUAUAAAAGUUAAAAGCGAAGAAGAAGCUUUAGAAAUUGCUAACAGUACCAAGCAUGGUUUAGCUGCUUAUGUUUUCACCAAAGACCUAGGACAAGCUUUCAGAAUGUCCAGAGACCUUGAAUUUGGAAUGGUUGCCAUCAAUGAUGGUAUAUUAUCCACUGCAGAGGCUCCAUUUGGAGGCAUUAAGGAGUCUGGUAUUGGUAGAGAAGGUAGUAUGCAUGGCGUUGAAGAGUACACUGAAAUUAAAUAUACCCUGAUGUCAGGACUGGAAAAGUAAUGAAAUUUAAUAAAUCAAGGGAAAACUAUCAUGGAAGGAGUAUGCAUCUGUUUAAUCAAAUCUCAAUUAAAUCAAAUUGAGGUGCCUAAUUUAAGAAACAAAUAUUAUUGAGGGUGUAUCUUGUUGCAACUCCAUUCUAUCACCAAAAUUUUAAUUCACUAUUGUCUUCCAAGAUAAUGUCUUAUCAAUCUUCAUCUAUUAAGAAGAUGAAUUUGAAGGAUUGAUGCUGAAUAUUAUAUGUAAACAUAUCUAGAUAAAGUAGUCACCAAAGAAAUAUUACAUGAGUAACAUUUUUAGGAGAAACAUAAACCUAAUGCAUUUAUAAAUUAUUUAUACACAAUAAUUAAUUGAAUGUUUUGUUAUAAGAUGAGUGACCUAUAUUAUGCACUUAUCCUUUUUUUCUUCUUUUGUUACUUUUUAUUGUUUUUAUGUAGUUUUGAUAUAUUUUAUUAGUGUUUGUUAUUGCAUGUUUAUUGAUAAGCGUAUACAUAAGUUUGAGUGCAGCUUGUAAUAUUGACUGUUUUGAUAUUGAGGAUGUUACUAAACAUUUUAGCGUGUUUAGAAAAGACUAGGUCAUUUAAAUCAUUCCAGAAUGUUCUAAAACUAGUGACAAUAAUCAGAAUGUGAUUACAGUAAAUUGAAUAUACAUAUUUAGCUCA